GAGACAAUCCGGAAGUGGGAGUAAUGAAGAGGUGCCACUUGGCGGCCAUGGCAGCUGUAGUAUUGGCGGCUCAGGGUCAGGGCCUGGCUGAGGGAAGUACCAUGGGUAGCACCGGGUGUAGGACAGAGACAGCGUCGUAUCGACUUUGCUGUUGAAUCCUCCAGCCCAUUGUUAGAGACUUGCAGGACAUCUUGCCCGACUCUAGACUCGAAAGGUACUUUGCUGGCACUGGUGGGCUGGUCCCUUCCCUGGGGGCGUAUCACCUGCGGUGCCACCCCUGGGAACUGGUACCGCGUGUGGAGAAGACACUUGGGUUUACCUUUUUUUUUCCUGCUGCUACCAGGGACGUUGUCUUGGGGAGCGGGUCGUCGUGUCACCCUCAUUCUGACGAUUAAGGAGAUCUCUUUUUGCACAAUUUCUCCAUCUGUUACCUACCGGAAUCCCAGUGACUGGCAACCAAGUACCUAAGACUGCGCAAAGUUUUCUCUGGUGCUAGUAUCAGCAAAAGGAGCUUGCUUCUUAAGAGAGCGGCGGGCUUCAUGAACUCACCGGCCGGUGGCAAGGCUGAAAGAAGUGAGGAAAUUCCCGUUUUCUUGGAAGACCACACGUUUAAACAGCCCAAGCGCCGUUUGAAACUGGAAUUUUAAAGCCUGGUGGAGGGGUGACUACAGGAGGGCAGAAUGGAUGACUUUCUCUCCAUUAGUCUGCUGUCUUUGGCAAUGUUGGUGGGAUGUUACGUGGCUGGAAUCAUUCCUUUGGCUGUUAAUUUCUCAGAGGAACGGCUGAAGCUGGUGACUGUGUUGGGUGCUGGCCUUCUCUGUGGAACUGCACUGGCAGUCAUCGUGCCGGAAGGGGUGCAUGCACUUUAUGAGGAGGUCCUGGAGGGAAAACACCACCAAGCCAGUGAAGCGAAGCAGAAUGUGAUUGCAUCAGACAAAGCAGCAGAAAUAUCAGUUGUCCAUGAGCAUGAGCACAGCCACGACCACACACAGCUGCAUGCCUACAUUGGUGUGUCCCUGGUACUGGGCUUCGUUUUCAUGUUGCUCGUGGACCAGAUUGGCAGCUCCCAUGUGCAUUCCACUGACGAUCCAGAAUCAGCAAGGCCCAGCAGUUCCAAAAUCACCACCACACUGGGGCUGGUUGUCCAUGCUGCAGCUGAUGGUGUAGCUUUGGGAGCAGCAGCCUCUACUUCACAGACCAGUGUCCAGUUAAUUGUGUUCGUGGCAAUAAUGCUACAUAAGGCUCCAGCAGCAUUUGGGCUGGUUUCCUUCCUGAUGCAUGCUGGCCUGGAGCGGAAUCGAAUCAGAAAGCACUUGCUGGUCUUUGCACUGGCAGCACCAGCCAUGUCCAUGCUGACGUACUUAGGAUUAAGUAAGGUAAAGCAGUAAAGAAGCCCUUUCAGAGGUCAAUGCCACUGGAGUGGCCAUGCUUUUCUCUGCCGGGACAUUUCUUUACGUUGCCACCGUCCAUGUCCUCCCUGAGGUGGGUGGAAUGGGGCACAGCCACAGACCUGACACCACUGGAGGGAGAGGCCUCAGCCGCCUUGAGGUGGCAGCCCUGGUUCUGGGUUGCCUCAUACCACUCAUCCUCUCAAUAGGACACCAGCACUAACCAGUCAGGUUCCAGCCUCAGUCCACGGCCAUUGCCAUCGGGGAAGAACUAGCGUGUGACGCUCCUCACUUCCUCAGUGUCUUGUCUCACCUUGCCCAUCUCCACCCCUGUUCCUAGAGUCCAAGGGAGAUGAGAGUCAAUCGUGGAAAGUGGGACAGCAUAUAGCAGGAACAUCAGAAUUAGACAGACUUUGUGUUGUCUUUUAAAGGGACUUUGAUGUAUUGAGUUUUGAUGUUUCUCUUAACCCUAUUCUCAGGGAAGAUGGAAUUUAGUUUUAAAGAAAAGUGGAGAACUUCAUACAAUGAAAUAGUAAUUAUGAAACUUCAGUGUUCUGUAAUUAAGCUAAAGUUUUUUCCCUUAGUAUAGAGGCUCUGCCACUUUACCCAUUGGUUUUAACAUGGUUCUCACCAUGUAAGACUGGUGCUUUAGCAUCUGUGCCACAGCCUUGAGAGAAGGCGGGAACACCCAUCCCUUAGAUGCUAAAGAUGAUGGCAACUAAUUUGAGGUUAGAAUAAGGAAAAUAAGAGCAGGAGAAAAAAGCUGAACUGAACCCAAAAGAAACAUCCACUGAAAGGGGUGUCUAGAGUCAUCAACAGCUCCUUUGCACGUGCCUCCCUAAAUAGAGCCUGCCCUUCCUUCCAGUAGAGCAAUGGAGGUGGGACUGGCUUUUGAAGAGGGGUCUGUUAUCAUAUAGCAUUUUUUUAAAAAGUAUCUUUUGCAGAAUACUUGUCUGUAGCACACUCUUAGUAGCCAGAUUCUGUUCAGGCACAGGAUUUCUGUCAAGAACAGUCUGAUCACAGUGAAAUUAAGGGAUGUUAAAUUUUCCAGGAAUUUGGAUAGUUACUGAUAUCUUGUAGUAACCUUUUUAAAAAGUAACACUAUUACAAAGUAUGUUGUCCUUUUCUUCCAGUCAGUGGUUCUCAACCCUCUGAACACUGCAAUCCUUUAAUACAGUUCCUCAUGUUGUGGUGCCCUCCCAACCAUAAAAUUAUUUUGUUGCUACUUCAUAACUGUAAUUUUACUACUGUUAUGAUCUGUAAUGUAAAUGUCUGAUACAGGCUAUCUGAUAUGCCACCUUUGUGGGCAUCGAGACUUACAGGUUGAGAAGCGCUGUUCUAAGUAUUUCUUUUAGCAGCCUCUGUCCCUCUGGCUGAGCCCUUGCCCAGAGUGGAGAGUGUUUCUGUCCACUCCGUAGCUCUUGAGCAGAAGGCGGUGGGGCUGUAUCAGAAGGGAGUAUCUGCUGCUGGCCUCAGUCUCCUUGAAAUCAUGUCUGCAUCCCACUCUUCCCGUGCUCUUCCCCUCCCCAGCCUACCCCCACUGUGUACUACUACUGCUGGUGAUGUCAGUCCUUGUGUGAGGUGAAUUCUCACCACUUCUUUAACCAUGAAGACAGCACUGUUUCUUCUUCAUUUCCUUCACCUAAGUUACCUUUGUGCCCAAUACAACUUUUUUACACCCUCAAAAAUGUCACCUCCUCAUGAGAGUUGACACAGUCACUAGUACUCUGAUAAUUUAAGAAAUUGAGACAGCAAAAGUAUUCAACAAAGGUAAUUCUUCCAUGUUUGCCAAAAUCUGAAUAAAUCCUAGUCAGAUAAAUGUAUAAUACUGUAUUAAUUUACAUUUUCUGUACCAUUUCAGAAACACUUUACAUAAACAGGGAGCCAAGGCUAGUUUUUUCAGAGCAGUGAGUGCAGUCAUUGUGUUUUCUGUGACAUCUGUGCCAGCAUGCCUGUAGAUUUUCUCUCCUGAAUUGUCACUAGGUCAGCCGGCAGCUGUGGGGUUAAACUUGUGCGCCCUCUGCUGGCUGUAGUGGAGAAAGCAGCAGAAAUGAGACGCAGCUCUGUGUGGAGGCUGGUACCCAUUGCAUCCCGAGCUAAAGUGUUAAUGUGUGCAGUGUGGGAGUUGGGGGUGACUCUCGUAAUAGGUGACUAGGAAAGGUUUGGGCUCAUCUAGUCCUUCCAAAGUACAGAUGUCUUGAUCUCUCUAGAGGCUCACUUUGUCGGGGUGGUCCGGGUAGAAGCAGCUUCUGUCACCUUGCUCCGUGCAGUGGUCAGACACUUGUUGUGCUGGCCAGAGCCUCUUGUUCAGCAGUGCCUUGCCAACUCACUCGAAGUUGGGCUAGAAUAUCAUGUUGGGUAGGGCCUUGGACUCUGGCAAGGAGUGAACCAUCAAACGUCCAAAUCUGCCUUCCUCUCUGGGCCUCAGUAGUAGUGAGCUUUCCAUGCCUGGAGCUGCUGCCUGGGGACUGAGUCCCUUCCCUGCUCUGCAGGCUCAGAUAGCCAUAUGACUCUUAAUAGGGCUCAGAUGCAGGAGAGGCAGCAGGAACCAGCAGAGCCUCCAUCUAGUGGGGGAGAGGUCGCUCAUGCAGCAGGCAGUGCCCCGAAAGCAGCCACCUUGAUCGCUUCACAACACGUUUCAGUUCUGUUUUCUUCCUCCUAACUCCCUCUGGAGGUGUGGAUGCCUUAAUGUGCAAACACACUUGAACACAUUGGUGAUACUUGAGCUGCUGCCACGAUUACAAGUGGAAUUAUGGGCUACCAAAGAAGCAAUUGAUGAAAAAGCAUGGGCUAUCCUUCCUCAUGACCAAAGCAAUCUUAUUUGGGAUUAGAGUUCCUUUCCCCCAGAAUCUAGAUGCAUCCCCCCUCCCCAGUUCCCAGUGUUGUCAGUCUCCGAGUCAGCAGGGCAGUGAUGUCCGUUUGAUUCCGCUUUCCUGUGUGUGCUAUUGCCAGCUUGGUUCUUACAGGCAGACUUUCUGGCCUGAAAAUGCCAACGGUUGGAAUGGCACUACCCACUGAGCCAAGUCAACCUGUUCUGGGGAUCUGGGUCAUUAGAAGAAAGGGAGGGUCUGUUCUUUUAGAAAGGGGAAAAUAGAUUUGUUUAAAUCAGUCUGUCACCACUGGCUGGUUUUAUUUUUCAAGAAUUAGAGCUAGGAGGAACAUAGCAGUGACAGAGCGUGUUAAGCCUUGACCCUCAUGCUAGUGAGGUUCUGAACAUGGGACUGUAUGUCAAUAGCACAAGCCUCUAAAACACCCUUACCUUUUGGGCCAGAGCCCCAGACUACUGGGGCUCACACAGUCAUCGGGCAAGAGUCCUGGAGGCAGACUUGUGUUCAGUGCAGAGUGGGACGCACCCCUGAAGAGCACUGGCUGAGAUACUACACAACUCAGCCUUUUUAACUCGAGACAUCGAAGUUCAGCUCGGGAGAGCUGAGGGUGGGGGCUGGUGGGAAAGGACUGGCAGACAGUAGGACUUCCUUACAUGUGCUCAGCCCUCACAGAGCCAAGCACAGAGACUGGCUUUGCUCUGUCUGCCGUGUCUUCCCGAAAACUGGGACUCUAAUGGUAACACCAUGAUUCCCCUGGUUUGGUGGCCUAAACGGUGAUUUUAAAUGUCUCCUUUUCUGGAUUCUUUGUAUACAUAAACUCAUUCCAUGGAUGGCUGCCUUAUAAUUUUGUGUCUUUCCACUUUAAUUGUGAAUGGUUUAAAAAUUGCUGUUUCCGAUUUGUUUUAUGAUAUUAAAUUUUUAUUAGUGCAUACCUUA